CUCAGUGCUCGCCGCGCUCGGAUGCGGGUGGACGCGGCAGGAGCUCGCCUGUCCUUUGUGUUCGAGUGGCGGCAGCUUCGCAGGCCUUCGCCGGCACAUCCCUCUGGCCGAUCAGUCGNGUNCUUCCUAGAGACCUAUCAUGUCGGCGGGAGCGGGCGCGGCCGUGGAGGCAGGCUUCUCCAGCGAGGAGCUGUUGUCGCUCCGCUUCCCGCUGCACCGCGCCUGCCGGGACGGGGAUCUGGUCGCGCUCUGUUCGCUGCUGCCACACACGCCGCGCGCUCACCUGGCCGCUGAGGACUCCUUCUACGGCUGGACGCCCGUGCACUGGGCCGCGCACUUCGGCAAGUUGGAGUGCUUAAUGCAGUUGGUAAGAGCAGGAGCCUCACUGAANGUCUCGACCACCCGCUAUGCCCAGACCCCAGCCCACAUCGCUGCUUUUGGAGGACAUCCUCAGUGUCUGGUCUGGUUGAUUCAAGCUGGGGCCAACAUUAACAAACCGGACUGUGAGGGGGAAACUCCCAUUCACAAGGCGGCCCGCUCAGGGAGCCUCGAGUGCAUCACUGCCCUGGUAGGGAACGGGGCUCACACCGACCUGAGAAAUGCCAGUGGCCUGACAGCAGCAGACAUUGCACAAACCCAGGGUUUCCAGGAGUGCACCCAGUUUCUCUUGAGCCUCCAGAGCCAUCAAAUGAGCCGUUUCUGUCAGAAUGGCGCCUUGAGUGGAGGUCAUGAGAGCGUACUUCCNACUCACGUUAGCCUGGGAACAAANCGAAAGAGAUGCCUGGAAGACUCAGAAUCUUUGGGAGUGAAGAAAGCUAGAACCAGAGGUCCCAGCCUGGAUCACGCCAUGCCUCUAGCAAAUGGAGAGGCUGAAGACGACGCUGACAGAAUGCACGUGGACAGAGAGUGUGCUGCUGUAUCAGGUGGGACUGGACAGUUUCCUGUUAGCUGCAACAACACCCCAGUGGUGGAGGACACCAAGCAGCAGGAGAGUAGUUCUGUCGGACCUAAAGAAAUAGAGAUAUAUACUGUUUCAGCAAUGCAAACCCCGUGUCGUUGCAAGAAUCAGUAUGCUUACUAUUUCUGAGCUCUCAAACUUUGCACUUUCUUGUCCAGUGUCUUGAAGAAGAAAAAAGGGUUCUAUUAUAAUUUACAUUUUUGGCACUUGUACAGAUGCAAGAAUUAAGUGUUUUUGGUAAAUUCUGUUGCUAUGACGACUAACGCAAUCUCCCUGUUAGAUUUGAAGCUGUUACAUGACGUGCCUUGCUUGUUUCUCAUGAGGUCUACAGUUUCCUGAUGUGGCCUUUGGGUGGCUCUGCACAUGCUGUUGCUCAUAUCUGAAGGCAAUACAGCAGGUGAACAGCUAGCUCACGUAAAUGCUGGGAACUGUGAGGGUGGUGGCUGUGGCUUGUGACCUACUCAGGACAAGUUUGGGAUAACUGCCCCACGCUCUUGGUUGCUUUGGUGUCUAGCAUUCCCUUGAAGACUGUAAAAUNCUGACUGUUUUCUGCAGUAUUUAUGUGUUACAGUGUCCAGAAGACUAAAACAUAACCCUUACUUUAAUGUUUCAGAGUCAAAGGACCUGAGUUUUCUUAGACUUAGGAUUUCUAAAAUGCUGUUAUUUAUUUGGCACAUGCCUUUUCCCCAUUCUUUAGGUGAUAACAAAAAUAUCAUGGCUAAUUUUUUUUUUUUUUUUUUAUAAAAGUGUUUUGUUAUGGUGUUCAUUUCUUCACCGGAAAUAAAAGGUUACCUGUGUGUUUCCUAACCCACAGGUAAUAUUGUCAAGCCCAGAACUUGCUCUGUCAUAGGUGGUGAUAACUUUGGCCAAAUCAUUAAUGCAUGGGUGCUCACCC